UUAAAUACAUUUCAUUUAUACUUUUGUGGCAUUGAUGUUGCAUGUUACAAAGUGUUGAAAGCGUAAACUAUCCAUAUAACCAUGGUAGUAACCCUGCUAUAUUUAUAUCGUGUUACAUCCUUGCUUUUCAACUAGUUUUGUGAAACAGUAACGUUAAUUGAUUUAUUUUAUUUUGUUCCACGCUAGUGUAUGGCAACACUGUUUCUUCAUAAAACAAACCGUUGACUAGCUUAAUGACACAUUGCUGUUGAGUAUUAAGCGUCACUAUCCAAAGCAAAGGUACCUGAAUAAUAAUGACGAUACUCCUGAAAGCACGUGUCAACAUGGAGCGAUUUGACUGCAGAUUGGACUGAGACAGUUGAUAAUGUGUUGAAAAGACAUCUGGAUGGACACAGCACUACCCUACCACACCUUUCUUCUUCAAACAAGAAUCUUUUACUUUGUAACUGGAUACAAUUAUAAAGAAGAAACAGACCUUCAUUUGGAAUACUAACAACAUUUUCAUUAUGCCAACUUGAAUGGCAUGGCUUUUGAGGAAACCUAACCCUGAUUGUUUUGAAAGAGUUUACAAGAGUGGUCGAGUUAACUUUUGAAGAAUCUUCUGAAGUCUUUACGGGAACAAAAUCACAAAAUGGAUCAAGCAAGCGGUGGAGAGGAUCCUAAUAAAGCCAAUAAAAAGAAAGAAAAAGAGGAUGAGAUUAAAAACAAAAAACUGCGUGACCGGAUCACCAGUUUUCGGAAGACUGGGAAUAAAAAGGACAAGCCCCUGAUCCAGCACUCUACAGACCCCCUGUCCACUCAGGUAGAGAUGCCCAUGCCCCAGCCCCUCUUCGACGAACGCUCCAUGAACCUCUCCGAGAAGGAGAUCAACGACCUCUUUGAGAAGAUGAUGGAGGACAUGAACCUGAAUGAGGAGCGUAAAGCCCCCCUGCGUGGGAAGGACCUGAGCACCAAGAGAGAGAUGGUUGUACAGUACAUCUCUGCCACAGCCAAAUCUAUCACCGGAAGCAAAGUCACGGGAGGACUGAGGAACAGCAAGCAUGAGUGUACACUGUCAUCACAAGAGUAUGUCCACGAGCUGCGCUCUGGCAUCAGUGAGGACAAGCUGCUCAUCUGCCUGGAGUCCCUUCGUGUCUCUCUCACCAGUAACCCUGUCAGCUGGGUGAACAACUUUGGUCAUGAAGGACUAGGCCUCCUCUUGGAUGCAUUGGAUAAGUUGCUGGACAAGAAACAGCCAGAAAGUAUAGACAAAAGGAACCAGCACAAGCUGAUCCAGUGUCUCAAGGCCUUCAUGAACAAUAAGUAUGGACUGCAAAGGAUUCUGGGAGAUGAGCGAAGCUUGCAUCUCCUGGCCAGGGCCAUUGACCCAAAACAGACCAGUAUGAUGACAGAGAUCGUCAAGAUCCUCUCAGCUAUCUGCAUCAUUGGAGAGGAAAACAUCCUGGAUAAGAUCCUGGCUGCCAUGACGAUUGCAGCGGAGAGGAAUAACAAGGAGAGAUUUGCUCCGAUAGUGGAGGGACUGGAAAAUCACGAGGCCCAACAGCUCCAGGUGGCCUGCAUGCAGCUGAUCAACGCUCUGGUCACCUCUCCGGACGAUCUGGACUUCAGGAUACAUCUGCGCAACGAGUUCCUCCGCUGUGGCCUCAAGAAGAUCCUACCGGAGCUGAAAGAGACAGAGGAGCUGGACAUCCAACUGAAGGUGUUCAAUGAGAACAAGGAGGAGGACUCCAUUGAGCUCUCCCAUCGCCUCGAUGACAUCCGCGCCGAGAUGGAUGAUAUGGGUGAGGUGUACCAUCUCCUAUCCAACAUGGUGAAAGACACCGGGUCGGAGACCUACUUCCUGUCCAUCCUACAGCACCUCCUGCUCAUCAGGAACGACUACUACAUCAGGCCCCAGUACUACAAGGUGAUAGAGGAAUGUGUGUCUCAGGUGGUUCUCCAUCGCAGCGGGAUGGACCCAGACUUCGGGUACAGAGAGAGACUGGAUGUAGACUUCACCCACCUCAUUGAUCAGUGCGUGGAUAAAGCCAAAGUGGAUGAGAGCGAACUGAAGGCUGCUGAGUUCUCCAAAAAGUUCGAUGAAGAGUUCAGCGCCCGGCAGGAGGCCCAGGCCGAGUCCCAGAAGAAAGAGGAGAAAAUCAAAGAGCUGGAAGGGCAGAUCUGUAAUCUGAAGACCCAGUUAGCUAGCGAGGCAAACAAGCUCAAAGAGGCUCAGAAAGUCAUCAGUGAAGCUGAGUGCCAGGUGCAGAUUGCAGCCGGACCAGCGGCGGCCGGGACAGGAGUCCCACCUUCUGCCCUACCGGGGGGAUUGGCACUCCCUCCUCCGCCGCCUCCUGGCAUGGCCAGCAUGCCCCCUCCGCCUCCACCCCCGCCACCUCCAGGCGUAGGGCCACCCCCACCACCCCCUCCCCCCGGUUGUGGUCCCCCACCACCCCCUCCCCCCGGUUGUGGUCCCCCACCUCCCCCACCCUUCCCCGGGGCUCCAGGUAUCCCUCCGCCUCCUAUGAUGGCCAUACCUGUCAUCAAGCUGCCUUAUGGACUGGAGGCCAAGAAGACCUACAAGCCUGAGGUCGUCAUGAAGAGGGUCAACUGGUCCAAGAUAGUGCCUCAGGAAAUGGCGGAGAAUUGCUUCUGGAUCAAAGUCAAAGAGGAGAAGUUUGAGAAUCAAGAAUUCUUUGAACAGCUCUCCCUCAGCUUUUCCUCCAGGACCAAAGUGAAAAAUGAGGUGGAUGAGACAGACGCCAGGGUGACGCAAUUCAAGAAAAAGGCGAAGGAGCUGCGAAUCUUGGACGCAAAGACGGCACAGAAUUUGUCAAUUUUCCUGGGCUCAUUCCGGCUGCCUUAUGAAGAGAUCCGGGACAUUGUGCUGGAGGUGGACGAGGGGAGGCUGACCGAAUCACUGAUCCAGAACCUGAUAAAGAACCUACCAGAGCAGAAGGACCUGAGCGCUCUGGCAGAACUGAAGAAUGAGUACGAGGACCUAUGUGAGCCUGAACAGUUUGGCAUUGUGAUGAGCUCUGUGAAGCUCCUGCGCUCACGCCUCAACGGAAUCCUUUUCAAGCUGACCUUCGAGGAGCAGGUGAACAACAUCCGUCCGGACAUCAUGAAUGUGACGUUCGCCUGCGAGGAGGUGAAGAAGAGUGACAGCUUCAGCAAGCUGCUGGAGAUGGUGUUGCUGGUGGGCAACUACAUGAACGCUGGCUCCCGGAAUGCCCAGACAUUUGGCUUCAACAUCAGCUUCCUCUGCAAGCUUCGAGACACUAAGUCGGCCGACCAAAACACAACGCUGCUCCACUUCCUGGCUGAGAAGUGUGAAGCGAAGUACCCAGAGAUCCUGAGGUUCCCUGAAGAGCUGCAGCAUGUGGAGAGUGCUAGCAAAGUUUCUGCCGAGAUCCUGAAGAGCAGUCUCAGCACCAUGGAGCGACACAUCCAGAGGCUAGAAAAUGACAUUGAGAACUUCCCCAAGACGGACGACGAAAAGGAUAAGUUUGUGGAAAAAUUGUCCGGCUUCUCAAAACAUUCACGGGAGCAAUAUGAGAAGCUGUCCACCAUGCACAAGAACAUGCAGAAGUUAUACGAGAGCCUGGGCAGCUACUACGCCUUCGACCCCCACGUCCUCUGCGUCGAGGACUUCUUCGGUGGCCUGGCCUCCUUCCGUACCCUCUUCGUGGAAGCAGUGAAGGACAACCACAAGAAGAGGGAGAUGGAGGAGAAGAUCAAGAGAGCCCGACUGGCCAAGGAGAAAGCGGAGCGCGAGAAGCAGGAGCGCCAGCAGAAGAAGAAGCAGCUGAUUGACAUGAACAAAGAGGGAGGAGAGAAUGAAACAGGUGUGAUGGACAGUCUAAUGGAAGCCCUGCAGUCCGGAGCCGCCUUCCGCGACCGCCGAAAACGAACCCCGCGCAACGGUGAUCAAAGUCCAUGCAGUCCUGUCUCUCGGUGGCCGGGUGCUAACCAUGACACCCGCCGCGCGGUCCUGGAAAGGUCUCGGUCGCGCCACAAUGGAAACCCCCAGGCUCGAUGAUGGCCCGCGCCUACCAGAAGACGUUAGAUAAGUGCCAAAGAGGCCUGCGAGGAAAAUCUGAGGACGUCUAGUAGGAGGGAUGGACCCCAGCUGCGUGGCACGCACACACACACACACACACACACACACACACACACACACACACACACACACACACACACACACACACACACACACACACACACACACACACACACACACACACACACACACACACACACACACACACACACACACACACACACACACACACACACACACACACACACACACACUAACACUGCCAGGUCUUGAAGAAAACAAAAGGCCCCUAAAGAACCUAAGAGUAACUGAGAAAACAAGAACAGGACAUCAUCACACAGGAUAUUCAAUAGUCAUACUGUUGGUCUGACUGCCUUACAUAUUUAUUAUCUACUUUGUCAUGGCUUUGCCUGUACAUGACUGUCUAAAGCUUUGGUUGUUUUGGGGAGAAAAAAAACUGUACUUGGUUGCUCAAAUUGUCAUAUAGGCUCACAGAACUUCACUAUAUCUGUCAGACAACCCAACCCUCCUAAAAACUGCCACACCUGUCCUCUCAUCUGUGGUCAUGUACUUCCAAAUGGAUGCAGUGAGUAGGGAUGUAACUAGAGAACAGACAUCUCUCCAUUGAGGACUGACCUCUAGUGUAUUCUGACUAACCACAUCUAACAAAGCUUUCUUUCUCUUUUCCUCUUUUAUUCAACACAUACACCAAUUAACUGUGGCGUGAACAGUGAAUUGGUGUGAACCCCGUUAUUUGUGAAAGAGUAUUUUCCCCUGAAUUAAUCCGAUAAUAUUAUGCAUAAUAUGUCUCACAACAAGGAUACAGAACUGUAAAUAUGCAUCAGUGAUCUUUAGAGUAUAUGACUGAAUUCUCCAUAAGUUGUGGUAGAGAAAGCAUCAUAUUCAUUGUUUUUUGUUUUUCUCCCAGAGAUGUCAAAUUCCUUAGUGUGCUAAACAUGUUUUUAGAUAUUUUUGCACAUGUAUUGAAAAUGAAAUGCAGAUAUCUAAUUUACAUAAGUAUUCACACCCCUGAGUCAAUACAUGUUACACCUUACAACUGAGUCUUUCUGGGUAAGUCUUUAAGAGCUUUGCACACCUGGAUUGUACAAUAUUUGCACAUCAUUCUCAAAACAAUUAUUUAAGCUCUGUCAUGUUGGUUGUUGAUCAUUGCUAGACAGCCAUUUUCAAGUCUUGCCAUACAUUUUCAAGCUGAUUUAAGUCUAAACUGUAACUAGGCCACUCAGAUAAUUGAGCACAGAUAACUCAUGUGUCGAGGUUUGGAUUGAUUUGAGCCAUGUUUUCAAUUUAAAUGUAAAAAAUACAAUAAUCAGUGCAGUUGACAAGUUGAAUCAGGUGUGCUUGUCCAGGGUUACAAUAAAAAGUGUACUGUUGGGGGUACUGGAGGACCAGGUUUGGGAAACACUGCCCUAGUCCUUGCCAAUGACAAGCAUAGCCAUAACAUUAUGCAGCCACCACCAUGCUUGAAAAUAUGAAGAGUGAUACACAGUGAUGUGUUGUGUUGGAUUUGCCACAAACAUAAUACUUUCUAAUAAUACUUUCUAUUCAGGACAUUCAGGACAAGUUAAUUUCUUUGCCAUAUUUUGUUGCAGUUUUAAUUUAGUGCCUUAUUGCAAACCAGAUGCAUGUUUUGGAAUAUUUUUAUUCUGUACAGGCUUUCUUCUUUUCACUCUGUCAUUUAGGUUAGUAUUGUGGAGUAACUAGAGUUUUCUUGAUCCAUCCUCAGUUUUCUCCUAUCACAGCUAUUCAACUCUGGAACAGUUUUAAAGUCACCAAUGGCCUCAUGGUGAAAUCCCUCAGCGAUUUCCUUCCUCUCUGGCAACUGAGUUAGGAACUGAGUUUUGUUUUACCCAUCUACCAAUAGGUGCCCUUCUUUGUGAGGCAUUGGAAGACAUCCCAUUUUUGAAUCUGUGUUUGAAAUUCACUGCUCGUCUGAGGGACCUUACAGAUUGUUGUAUGUGUGAGGAACAGAGAUUAAGUAGUUAUUCAAAAACCAUGUUAAACACAAUUAUUGCACACAAUAAGUCAAUGCAACUUAUUAUGUGACUUGUUAAGCACAUUUUUACUCCUGAACUUAUUUAGGCUUGCCUUAACAAAGGGGUUGAACACUUAUUGACUCAAGACAUUUCAGCUUUACAUUUUAUAUGAUUUUGUAAACAUUUCUAAAAACACAAUUUCACUUUGACAUUAUGGGGUAUUGUGUGUAGGCAAGUGACAGAAAAUCUCAACGUCGUCCAUUUUAAAUUCCGUCUGUAACACAACAAAACUUUCUGAAGGCACUGUACAGUAUGCCUCAGCAAAAGGCUGGUUUCCACUAGAUAGCACAAGCACAAAGUCCAAAUUGGCAAUCGUAAAAAUACAUGGGGGGAAAAAAUGUGCUUCUUGGUCUUAAUUUAUUUAAGGUUAGGAUUAGGUUUAUGCUUAAGGUUAGCAGUGUGGUUAAAGUUAGGAUUAAGGUAUAAAAUCACUUUUUAAGAUGAGAAUUUGAAACAAAUAUGGGGGGAAAAUGGGGGGGCGGGGGUAUUAUUUUGUGGCUGUGGUAACUAGUGACAACCGCUUUCAUUGAGCAGUAGACUACACGAGCCAGUCGAGCUCCUGAAUAGCUAACUAGCAUGCUAAAACAUUAGCCUGUCUUCUCCAGUUAAACUUCUAAAUGUCUUAGUGGUUUUAGCAUGCUAAGCCUUUAGCUUGUCAGGGAGGGAAAGACGUGCAUGGGUUCUAAGGAGGGGGCUAACAUUCUAUUGAAAUUGUGAAACCCUUUCAAAUCGUUUUUAUUGUGUUCAUAUUUCUUUCCCAUUUUUUUUGUGGCUGUGUUAUGAAAGGCCUUGUUUCUUGAUGUCAGUGCUAAGAGCUUUCCCGUUACUAGCAGUUUCCUAAUCGCAGCAUAACCUGCCCGGACUUCACACUCAUUUGACAAGAUGUCAUACGAAACAAAAUGGUCAUAUGAAAGGGGAAAAAAUAGAAUGCAUAAAGGCUAGUUUGAGCAUUCAGUCGACCGCAAGGAAAAUAAAGCUCUGAGCAAUGUGCUCACAUUAGGAGCCAUUUGAGAUUUUUUUCCCCCUCUUUUCCUUAUUUUUUUUUUUGUUGCACGGAUUAAUUCCCACAUUCACAGUGUGCCUUGAGCAUGCUUGUCCCUUCCAUGUCUGAGCAGUAAGCAGAUGCGAGAGAAAUGGUCGCUUUCCCACACAAGGAAACCGUACCCAGUGGAAUACAUUGAGGGUCUAUGCUGACAACAUGGUGGCUGUCUUAGUAAGGGAAGCCUCCACACACCCUCCCUUGACCUACUGCUUAUGGCGUGAGUAAAUGCUCGCCAUAACGUCAUGUCUCAAUUAUGCCAUAUCACUGCUGGCAAAACUGUGUGCAGAAAAUCAUGCCUUUCCCAGUGAUCUGAACAGCAGCUUGGGAGGAAAGCAGUGGCUUUGCUUGACUUAUGACUGAAUAGAUGAAGAUUUGCUGUUUUAACAGUUUCCCAACGUGGUGCCUGAUGAGUCGGUUUGUUGCAACCCUCGUCUUAGAAGCCUCACAGGCCCAAGUUUCAUCAAUUUCAUCUAUUCAUAGGGUGCAAUGUUCGUGAGAGUUGCCUGGGAGAAGUGUGCAUAUUCAUGAAAUGUGAUGAGUCCUAUUCAGUUAAUAUGUAAGAUUGGGGUGGUAAGUUACACAGAGGCACACUGUUCCCUACAUAGUGUACUAGUUUUGACAGGAGCCCUAUGGACCCUGGUCAAAAGUAGUGCGCUACAUUGGAAUAGGGAAUAGGAUACCAUUUGGGAUGCAGAGAGAAACAGAAAGGGUACCAUGUUCAUGAAGGAGUGUAUUUGCCAUAGGUUUUGCUUCAUAUACACUAGAGAUCCCCACUGUGGAAAAUCCAGCACUGCCAAAGGCACUGAUUUGCUUUUUCUAGUAAAAAAUCUCCCUUUGUAUUCUGUUUCACCAUUACACAGUAAGAAACCCACUAUUUUCUUAACACUCAAUGUGUUGUGAGCCCACACCCAAGGUGUUUCAUUUGUAACCCCAAUUCCAUAAGUUACGUGUGAGUCUGCGUUAAGUGCAAUGCUUCUGUUUUUGUUUUUUACAUGCCAAGUUUGUAUUCAAAACAUGAACAACUGUUACAGAAUGGUGACUGAAUACUCAGGUUUGUUGUAUUGUUUUUGUAUUUAACAAAAGAAAAUAUAUCUUUCCUAGUCAAGUGAAUUUAUAGUUCAGCUUGUACAGAAUGAAAUCUUGAUUUUUCCCUGGUAGCCAACUCUUAAAACAAGUCCAUAGUUACAUUUACCUUUUACUGCAGUGGGCUAAUUCAGGGUCAUGCAGAGUGUUUCUUGGUAGUUUUAAAUCACCUGUUCCAAAUCAGAUAUAGAGUUGUAUAACAUUUUGAAUCUGCAUCCUAAUAUUAACUUUAUAUACAUCACAGAAAACUGAAAUCUGUAAAAAAUGCUUGAAUAGAAACACCGAGUUUUUGCCAUGAAAAAAAUAAAGACGUUUAUUAAUUAUGAAUAAUGAAUAAAUUAUGAAUAAUAUUUAUAACAUUCCACCCAUGAGGCCACUAUGUAAUUUGACUGCAGGAAGUCCAAAAAUGGAAAAUUGUGAUAACACAUACUAGAAAGUCAUUUUAUGCAUUUUGGAAAUUAAUAUAUCAUAGUUUGACUGUAUUUGAUUUGAAAUUGAAGAUGGAUAUCUCAUUCUUGAUUUACUGGUACAAUGAAAUCAGAGACUAAAGCUACUUUCCCCAUUUGUGAUUAUUGUAUUUUCCCCUGUAGCCUGGUCCCAGAUCUGUUAGUGCUGAAUAGCCAACUCUCAGCUAAGCAGCACAAACAGAUCUGGGACCAAGCUAUUUCCCUUGUGCUGUAGGGUGAUAAAUGUGUGUUGUGUAUGCAUAGAGAGUAGCAACAGUGUUGCAGGUGGCAACAGUAACCUGUAAAGGGACUGAACCACCAGUGGUAUUAAAGGAUCCCCUGACUGGGCCAAACCAUCUCCCUCUGACUGGGCCAAACCAUCUCCCUCUGACUGGGCCAAACCAUCUCCCUCUGACUGGGCCAAACCAUCUCCCUCUGACUGGGCCAAACCAUCUCCCUCUGACUGGGCCAAACCAUCUCAUGCUCACCCUGUAUUUUUGGUAUUCUUACUUGAGAUCUGCACUACGAUUUCCAUAUUAAGUACAUGCUUAACUAAUACGUCUCUUAUCGACAUGAAAGUUAAAUUAUUGUUAGGAAAGUCUGAAUUGCGCAAGUCAUUGAGGAGACAGAGGCUUGCAAAACUAUUAGGUGCCAUUCAUUUGGUGUCAAUUGAUUACUAGCUCAAUCAGGAAGAGAGUGAAUGUUUGGAUCAACGUUCACACUUGUUGAUGGUGCACUUUAACUUUCUAUUAUUCUGCUAAGCUACAGAAUGGUUUGAUUUGAAUUUCAUGAAUGCUGCCUUGCCACAGAAAGCGAGUGAAUUACUUCCAAAUAGUUCAAUGCUGCCACAUAAAUAAAUACAUUUUGUUAGUCCUUCAUAUUGUAAUUUGUAAAAUGAUGACAUGAUGAAUAAAGAAAAUAUAAAGCAACAAUGCUGGAGGAAUGUGAUUGUCGGAACUAGAAGCACAAGCAUUUCGCUACACUCGCAUUAACAUCUGCUAACCAUGUGUAUGUGACCAAUAACAUUAGAUUUGUUGCCUUGAUGUAUGAUACCAUGGCCCUGCCUACCCUCGACCUUCACAUUGACUAGGUUUUUAUUGGCUUGAAAAAUAUAUUUGUAGCAUCUUUACGUUUAUUUUUAUCCAUAAGGAAUAAACAUUUUAAUGGUUAUG